AGCUGGGUGGCCAUCAGUGGUGAGAAUACACAGGGAGUGAGAUGGGCAGCGGGACGGCAUCACAGCUCCUGUCAGGGGUGGCCAUGGUCCUCCUGGUGCUGCUGCAGGGCACACAGUCCAUCUACAUCCAGUACCGGGGCUUCCAGGUCCAGCUGGAGUCGGUGAAGAAGCUGAGCGGCCUGGGGACACAGAGGAUGCAGAGCCUGCUGCCCGCCCUGUGCCACCAUCCAGCUCUGCCCCUGGACCUCCAGCCAGUCUGCGCCUCCCAGAAUGCCACCAGCAUCUUCAGGGCCUUGAGGGACAUCGCAAGUGACGACUGUGAGCUGUGUGUGAACAUUGCCUGUACCGGCUGCACCUGAGAUGGCCCCGAGCGCCCUGACCCCACCCUGGGCGGCCUGCUCCCUGCGCCCACCUCCUCCACAGCGGCCACCACACCCUCGCGGGGCCCAAGCAGCUGGCUCUGGUGCGAAGUGGCUGGACCCUCGCCGGAGGAGAG